AUGGCCUAUUUCCCCACACCCGACCGAAACCCUAACUGCUACCACCACUCCCCUCGAUCCCCCACUUCCCUCGCUCCCCUCCCCCGUCUGGAUCGGGGCAACCGCGCCCCCGACCCCGUCAACGCCGAUGCCGCGCGCCACCUCGCCGGCGUCCCGGUGACCACUGCCGUCGCCGGACCUUCCGUGCCUCUCCCUUGCGGGAUCGGCCUGCUCGUCGUGCCGCCCGCGUCGCCCAUCGCCCCUGGACAACGCCGCCACCACCACGACGCCGUCGACCGCCGGAGCACCACCAGCCACAUCGCCGGAGCUGUCCCGCCGUCCUCUCCGUCGCCGAUGCCACCUCGCCGGACCUCCCUGACUCCUCCUCGAGCCAGCUUUGCUCAACUACAGGGCUCGGUGAGCCCCGUCCUCCCCUCCUCCUCUUUCCUCGUCCGGUCGCGCUUGCCCCCUGCUCGCCAUACCCUUGCCCCGCGAGCGCCCGUUGACGCUGGCGCAUGCCCGUCGCUCGCCCCACCUUCCCCUGCAUGCGCCCGCCUCGCCGCAUAG